AUGAACACUUUCAACAAGCCUUUUUCUUCUCCAUACUCAGAAACAUAUAAUCGACAAUGGAGAAAUCAUCCCAACUUUAGUUGGAGAGAUGAUAAUCGUGUUCAUUUAUCACAACCUCAAGGGCUUUCAAAAUUUCCUUCUUUUCCACCACCACAAUCAAAAACUCUUGAGGAAACAUUGCAGUCUUUUAUGCAAGGACAAGCAAAUAUUAAUAAUCAAACUUCACAAGCCAUCAAUGAAAUCAAGAACACACUUUCUUCAUUGACCUCUUCUUUAUGUUCUCAAGAGAAAGGCAAAUUUUCUGCUCAACCUCAACCAAAUCCUUCUGGGCAAUUUAAAGUAAAUGCUUCUAGUUCUUCUGAAAGUCAACAAGGAAAUGCCAACUCCAUCACGACUCUUAGUAGUGGAAAAAUUAUUGACAAAACCAUCCCUUCAAAAGAACUAAAAUCGGGUGGGACUUCAAAGCAAGAAAAUGACGUUUCCAAAAGUGAGAAAAAAAUCAUUUCUGAACCUAUUGUUGAAAAAUGUCCCAUUACAGCUCCAUUUCCUCAACGAUUGCAACCAAUUUCAAAACUCAACCAUAAUUCCGAAAUUUUUGAACUUUUCAAACAAGUCAAAAUUAACAUACCAUUAUUGGAUGCAAUCAAACAAGUUCCUUCAUAUGCAAAAUUUUUAAAUGACUUGUGCACUGUCAAGAGGAAACUUAAUGUUCAACAGAAAGCAUUUUUGACAGAGAAUGUGAGCUCAAUCAUUCAACAAAACACUCUACCUAAAUUCAAAGAUCCUGGUUGUCCAACAAUUUCUUGUGUGAUUGGGAAUAAUAGGAUAGAGCAUGCUUUGCUUGAUCUUGGUGCUAGUGUUAAUCUAUUACCUUUUUCUGUAUAUGAGCAACUUGGUUUGGGAGAGCUUAAACCAACAGCAACAACACUUCAACUUGCUGAUCCUUCAGUAAAAGUUCCAAGAGGGGUUAUAGAAGAUGUUCUAGUUCAAAUUGAUAAAUUCUAUUAUCUUAUUGAUUUUAUAGUUUUGGACACACAUCCUGUUUUAAAUUCAAAUGCACGAAUACUUGUCAUUUUAGGACGUCCCUUUCUUGCUACUUCAAAUGCGUUGAUAAAUUGUAGAAAUGGUAUCUUGAAACUCUCUUUUGGAAAUAUCACUAUGGAAAUGAAUAUUUUUAACAUUUGCAAGCAACAUGGAGAUACAGAUGAUUUGCAGGAAGUAGAUCUUAUUGAACAACUUGUUGAUGAUCAGUUUAUCGUUACAUCUUCAUCUGAUGCGCUAGAAUUUUAA